UCAUUCAGUUUUUAUGUGUACUGGUUUAUUUAUUUCUGUUUGUUAGUUUAUGUAUUUAAAAAAAUAUGUAUUUUCAUAUUUCUCUUUUUUGUAUUUAUCUACGCAUCUUUCCAUUAUUUUUUACUGUAUUUGUAUAAAUGUUGUAUAACUGUUAACCUUCACACCGGAUCGUCUUUCAAGGCUCUUGUAUCACAUGGUACACAUGGCGACAUCUUGCACAAUCUUUCUUUUUUUUCUUUUUUUAUUCAAGGUAAAAAACCAAAUUACAAGGGAGACAACGGACAUCACAAAUACUCUGCAAAUCCAAAAAAACAAAAAACAUUUUUGAAAAUGUAAAUAGUUAAAUCAAUUUAAAGAAAUCUUUCAACAGACUCAAGAUGUUUAAGAAGCCUUCGAAUUAAGGUGUUGACAUAGACUUAAAUGAAUUGAAAAGAAACAUUAUAUCAGAGGAGAAAAUUCUAAAAUCGGGAUUACAAUGUAUGGUUCUGGCUUUGAGUAGAUGAAAUUUUCAAAGAAGACAAAGCAAUAAAACAGUGUGUUCAAACUCACUGUCCUUGGAUUGAGAAUUUGACACCAAAAUCAUAGAAUCUGUAAUUUUUAUCAUCUUCUUACAGCAACAAAGUAUUAAAAUGGUAACUUCUGACCAAAAGGACUUUGAUAGAACAAAUGUUAAAAAGAUUCUUUUUUCCUUGAAUUAAUUCGAUUUUAAUUUAAUGGUGAACAUCUUAAUAGAUGUCUAGAUGAAAAUAUGGAUUUUGAUAGAUUUGUAAAAUAUUUGGAAUGCCAACCAAGGAAAAUAACUCGCAAGAAGGAACCUGUAAGAAACAGAAAGAUGACAGAUAAUCAUGAUAUAUAGGCUAAGUUAAGUCAAUAUUUUCGAAGAAUCUGUCUUGUUUUAAGUCGAUUGUUUUUCAUACUAUGUUUUAUAAGUUUGUUAAUUAAUUUUUGUAUAUUUAUUAUUUACAAAUAUAGGCUAACGAAGCCACUGCAGUUCCAUAUUGACCUCUAGUCGUCGCUAACAUUCAUCUAAUAAUAAUACGCAAGUGUUAAAUCCAGUAUUUCCACUAAACGGCGACACUGCUCACCCAUCACAGCCAUUGUACGCAAGCCUUUCACACAAAUAGUUCACAAACAACAAAUAUCAAUACUUCCUUUGAAAGUAUUUGGAAAGACCUUAAAACAAGAAAUCACUUUACCUCUAACAGUAAAUGCAUUGCAAUUCAACUCUAUUGCAAUAUUUUGAAACUCUGCAUGCCAUUAAACUUAAUGCUUACAUGGUUCACAUCAUUGUUGUACUGUACUGUGUUUAUGUCUCUUCUAUUUUCAUUCAAUGUGCUGGCUCUGGUACUUUUGGCCCUAUUUGAUCCAAAAUAGCUGUGCCAACACAUGAAUUUGUUUGAACAGCUGAUUUGUUUACAACUCUGUGGUGUAUAAAUAUAUACACAGGGUCAUUUAUCCGAGCAGCUCACAGGUACAUAUUCCUUCCCCAGGUACUAAUGUGGUUAAAAACCGUCUUGUGUGCGACUCUCUCUAAACAUCUUUAUAUUCAGAAACAGUCCUGGGGAGAGCAACGGUGGUCUCUGAGAGUUUAAGGACAGAAUGGAAGGUGCCAACAUCUGUGUUUAAGCACCUGGCCUUUCUGAUGGAAACCAACUUUUGGAAGAAUAAAGACACAGUUUUUACUCCAACACUGAGGAUAUUGCACAUGAUGUAAAUGUAAAGUCAAUUGACUCUUCUAAAUAACUCGAUGCAUGACGGGAGCGAAAAUAAAGACGCUUUCGUCUGUGCUAUUUGCGGAAGUCUAUGGUACGGGCCCCUGGGAUUGGAGGUAUGGGGCCACUUGGCUUGAUGUUCUUUGAUGAUGGUUUUGAACUCCUCCCUUGCUCUGAUGUCCGUCUCUCUCAUUCUGCACCGGGUAGCUUGUACGUCACUGUGGGUGCACAUAUAAAAUUGUCCUUGGCUGCAUCUAGCAAUCUGCACACGAAUGUCACAGCGCAGCACUGUAAUUUGUGUUGGUGAUGAGAGCGUCUCAGGCUUAUUUCAACUUCUCGUAGAGACUGACUCACUAACACUGUCUAGAAAGUCCAGAAGUCACAUUGUUGGAUUGUUGUACUUGCUUGGCUUUGUGUGCUUUUACCAUGAAGAGAUGGAGGUUGGGAUUACUGAUGGUUUGUGUUUUCCUGUUACACAUCCGGGGCUUCCAGCAAGAGGAAAAUCAAGCCGGUUGUAGCACAACUCCCAAUGACCUUGUUUUCAUCAUCGAUGGUUCCUCAAGCUUGGGGGUCCCCAACUUUGAAACAGCCAAGCGCUGGCUCAUCAACAUCACCAACGGCUUUGACGUGAGCACCAGGCACACUCAGGUGGCCGUCGUCCAAUACAGCGACACGCCUCGACUGGAGAUUCCUCUGGGAAAACACCAGAACAGCCAGGAUCACAUCCAGGCCAUCUCUUCUAUCCCUUACCUGGGGGGCAACACGCGGACAGGCCGCGCCAUCAAGUUCACCACAGAUCACGUCUUCGGGAUGCCCAACAACACCUCACCGUUCGCCAGAAACCGCAUUGCCGUGGUUCUCACCGAUGGGCGUUCACAGGAUGAUGUCGAGGAUGCUGCCAUGGAGGCCAGAGCUCAGAACAUUGUGUUGUUUGCGGUCGGGGUGGGAAAUGAAAUCACCAGAGCUGAGCUGGUGUCCAUGGCUAACAAACCGGCCUCUACUUACGUGCUACACGUGGAGGACUACAACUCCAUCUCAAGCAUAUGGAAUCUGAUGGAGCAGAAACUGUGUGAGGAGUCUGUGUGUCCGAGUCGGAUCUCCGGGACUGUGAACGAACAGAAGGGUUUUGAUCUGAUGAGUCUUAUGAACAUCGAGCAGAUGGCUCAGACCGUUCAGGGUUCUUUGAGAUCGGAGAGAGCCUCGAUGCUCAGCCCUAGCCUGGACAUCACACUCAACACCAGAGAGAUAUUUCCAGAAGGCCUACCUCCAGCCUAUGUGUUUGUAGCCACUCUCCGUUUGAAGAGCCCAGCUCACCAGCUGAAGUUUGACCUUACGAGGGUGUUGUCUCAGGAUGGGGUCAGACAGAUGGCUGUGACUGUGAAUGGAGCAGACAAAUCGGUCACCUUUACCUGCACCAGCACUCUGAAGAAAGAGCAGACUGUCAUAUUUAAUGACCGAGGGAUCAAGAAGCUCUUUGACACAAACUGGCACCAGCUGAAGUUCUUGGUGAGGCCCAAGCGCAUCACAUGCUUUGUCGAUGGGGCAUACGUGGAAGGACAACUUCUAGAUCCAGUGGUGCCCAUCUACAUCGACGGGAAGACUCAGGUGGCUAAGAAAGUCAAUAUAGAGACAACAGUCCCUAUUCUGCUCCAGAAGUUACGGGUUUACUGUGAUCCAAUGCAGAGCGAGCGGGAGACAGCAUGUGAAAUUUCUUCUGUGGACGAUGAAAGGUGUCCUUUGGAUCGCUCCUCCUCUGUAGAUGGUUGUGAAUGUCCCAGUGGUAAACCUGGCCUGCCUGGUUUACCAGGACCGAUGGGCUUCAGAGGAGAGAAAGGCAGAGAUGGGCCACCUGGUCCCGAUGGUAAACCUGGGAAGCCAGGAGAGAAUGGAGCAACCGGAGAGCCAGGUCGAGAUGGACAGAAAGGUGAAGGCGGUGAACCGGGUCAUAAGGGGGAGCGAGGGCUGGAUGGACCCAGAGGAGAAAUGGGGCCACCAGGUCCAUCAGGGCCUACAGUAAGUCUCAACAGUGGCUCUGGAUUUUCCAAAUUGGAUUUAGGGGACUAUGAAAUAAACAGAAUCAAGGGAAUCCCAGGAGAGCCAGGAGAAAUGGGACCACCCGGAAAAUCCGGACCAAUUGGUGAACCUGGGGUACCUGGUCUAGCUGGGCUUGCUGGACCAAAGGGAGAGAAAGGAGAUGGAGCUGCGGGAUCUGACGGAGAGCCAGGAAUCCCUGGUAUGCAAGGUCAUCCUGGAGAGGUGGGCCCUGCAGGACCUCAGGGUGAGCGUGGCUUGCCAGGACCGGCAGGUUUUACCGGACCAAUGGGACAGCAGGGACCCCCAGGCCCGGUGGCCCCACCUGGCAUAGAAGGUCCUGCUGGUCCAAAGGGUAAUUCUGGUUCACACGGACAUGACGGCCCACCUGGACCACCUGGUGCUAAAGGUUUAGAUGGAGAGCCAGGCAUCCAAGGUCCACCUGGCAUUCAGGGUCUACCAGGGUUCAAAGGUCAUAAGGGUGAAUCAGGCUCUCCUGGACCAAUGGGAAGUCAGGGUGAGAAGGGUGACCAGGGAGACCCUGGAGUUUCUGGAAAACAUGGCGAAGCAGGCGCCAAAGGAAAAAAAGGAGAGCCGGGUGUAUCAGGGGAUGCUGGGAGCAGAGGGGCUGCUGGGAUCAAAGGUGACAUGGGUCCAUCAGGGCCGCCUGGAUCCAGGGGCUUUUCUGGUUUAGAUGGAUUACCAGGACAACCAGGGAUGCCAGGUUACCCCGGGAAACCUGGAAAGGCCCCUUCAGAGGAGCAUCUUAUGAAGAUCUGCGCUUCUGUGCUGCAAAAUCAGCUGCCUCAGCUCCUGGAGGUGAUGGGACAACAAAGUUGCCAAAACUGUGAAACCAAACAAGGGCCACCAGGUGAUCCAGGUCCUACCGGUCUAAAGGGCCCACCAGGACUCCCAGGUCAUCCUGGCACGGCAGGGUCGCCAGGAUACCCGGGUCCGCCAGGGAGAAGAGGACAAGAGGGGGUUAAAGGUGAUAUCGGCCCAAUGGGGAUGAAAGGUGCCAAAGGACAGGGUGACGUUGGGUUGCCAGGUACACCUGGCCCAGCAGGUUUGCAGGGCCCACGUGGGGAUGAUGGUGAGGGAUAUCCUGGGCCUCCUGGCUCCCCGGGAAAACAUGGCACUCCAGGCAUUCCAGGCAAACGUGGGUCUCCAGGAUCUAUGGGUGUUUGUGACCCCUCUUCUUGUUAUCAGUCGUAUGGUCUCCGGGAUGAUCCUUUCAGGAAAGGACCUAACAUUUAGCAUCAUGGCGAUGGGAUCUCAGCAUUGAUCUCAGCAUUGACCUCAAGAACUUUAAACCUCUAAACAAUUGGUGUUGACUUUAAAUGCGUGAUGAAGUGUGUUUUCUCUGACUUUUGUACUGUGUGAUGAGUGAAUCUUGUUUCUGACUGAUUCCUGACCCCCAAAAAAGUUGUACAUGCUAUAUUCCAAGUCUUUUGGGAGGCGGUUGCGUCAGCUGCGCGUAAGCUACGACUUGGCCUAAUACUGGAUCGAUUACACACUAAACAUUCAUGCAUUUCAUGAUAAAACCCCGUUUAUAAAAAUGUACAAGUCAUUUUACAAUAUUUCAUGUAUUUAUCGUAUUUAAAGGACCAUUGUGAGAUUUUUUGCAGCAUCUAGUGGUGAGGUUGCGAAUUGGAACCAACAGCUCACUCUAUCCCUUUCAAAGUACUACGAUGGCUGAGAGAGAACUAAGAUUUUGUGACGUUUUCUUUUCUUUGUCGAAGUAGAUAACGUAUUUAUAAAACGGGCUCUUUAGAGCGGUUUGUCCAUAAGUAGCAAAAAAUUGUGAAUUCCAUGUAAGGGGAUCCACGGUGUAAAUAGAUUGAAAUAGUUUAUUCUACGGUAAUAAAAACAUCAUUAUGUACGGUCCUUAUACACUUCUGAAGACAUAAUUAUGUGUAUUAUAUUGCAUUUCUGAAAAUGACACAUUGGACCUUUAAAUUGAAUUUUUAAUUAUUUUGAUUUUCAGUGAGACAAAGGAUGUUUUGUGAUAAUAUUAAAAUGCGCUUGUUUGUUUUCAAAUUCAGAGGCUGUUUUUGGGGUAAAAAUUGGUCAAAGUCAAUCGAAAUCUAAGUCUUAGCCUGUAACAAAACAACAAAGUGCAAGUAAUAGUAAAAGACAGCCUUGUGAACUCUCCCUUCAGGUUUAAGUCAGAGCUUAUGCAUGGCUGGUCCAACCUUCUCCUAGAAUCACAUUUGUGUGAGGAAAAAACAUUUUUCGCAAAAGUUUUUCCCCUAUGAUGUGGUACGAGCAUAAUUUGCGUUCAAGUUUUUCAGCUAUUGCGUAUCAAGACGCCGUGCCAUGUUUGACAUGAUUUGUUCUCACUUCUCACAAAUUUAAUUUUCACUUGUAUAGUUUGGUCAACUGUUCCUCGAAAGAAGAAGUUCAAUACUCCACCGCACUGCUCUAGUCAAGCUACCUCUGUAUAGGAUGUGAAUCAAUUUCUAUUGGCUAUACUAUGACAACAGAACCUUUACUUCUGCUAUUGUUUUAAAAUGUUUUGAUAUUUAGGUAUACUUUUAAUUGGUGCUGCUUUAGAAGACGUUAAAUAGAAUUUGCAAUAAUAAAGCUUUGGCUUUAGCAUCUGUUUUUGACAAGAUAGCUUUGUGAAAAGAUCAGUAGUUUACUGCUUCUAUGAAUUUAAUUGUUUUCUAUUUUCAGAUUGUUCUGUUUUGUGUCAUUUUUUUAAUGCACAAUUCUUAUUUUUUCAGGAAAUGUUAAAUCUGAUUUAUUUCAUAUAUGAA